UAGUGCGUCAGUAGCCUGGAAGAUACAAGAUAAUUUGGCGAUUGACAUUUGACAAUGGAAGUAGAGUCGAUAUGUUAUCGAGGAUUGUAAAGCACUAGCAAAUUGCUUACAUGCUGAACCGAUAAGUUACACAAAGUUCUUAUUGUUGUUGUGAGCGGUUGGCAUUAGAUAAUGGUGAUAACGUCGUCUGGCAGGUCACGAACAAGUCAAGGGGACACAAACAAACAGCAAGAAAAUAUAUAUUUUAUCAAGAAUCUUUGAGGCACCUACAAAGAUUUAGGUUUCACUUGAAAUUGAAUAAAAAAGUCAUCCAGUGGAAAGCAUAAGUAUUAAAUAUUCUUUCCCAGGGUCCAAGUGUUUUUUUGCAGCCUUUGUGUUUUGGUACUGGAUGGUGUUAGUCCAGUGUUUGCGUCAGUCUUGUUUGGAAGUUAAGUGGUGCUUUUAAACCUCGAUACAAUGGCAGAAGAAUUAAAACCUAAACUGCCAGAUAUAUCUGUUUCUGGGACAUCAGAAGACGAGGGUAACUCCCCACGCAGAGAAGAGAUUGGUGAUGAAGAUAAAUAUGCAAAUUCUGAUUCUGAUCAGGAUUCUUUGAAAGAAACAACCAGCAACGGACAUGUAAACAGUGGGUUGAUUGACAAUGAUAUGCCAGCACUGGCAGAGAAACUGAGUAAAGUAGACGUUGAAUCUGAAGAUAUCAAAUUUAGCUCAAAUGAUAUUGUGGGUGAUCGUAUUUUGAUAGAGAGGGAUGGAAAGUUUGAGUUGGUUGAUGCGUCAGAAGUAAAAGCAGAAUACUUUCAGAUGAUGGGAAUAGAGGAGGACCUAGGUAAAGAAUCGUCACCAGAAGAGAAGCCACCUUUGGAGUCUGCAAAAUCAAUGAAGGAGGACUCAACGAAAAAUAACCCAAGUAACAGGACAUCCCCAAGGCCAAAAACUUCCCCACUGAAAGCUGGCUCAAGCAAAGUGCCCCAAAAAAGUAGAGCAAAGAGCUCGUAUGCGAGGGAGAGAAAUUAUGAUGAAUAUUCACAUAUAAAAUCCAGAUAUGCCAUGACUGAUCAUCAGUUGGAAAUGAAAAGGCGCAGGGAAGAGGCCAUUGCAAGAAGGAAAAAAGAAGAAGAUGAACGGCUUCAGGAAGAGAAUAACAGGAAGCGUGAUGAAGCAGAAAAGGCAUUCCAGGCUUGGUUAAAGAUUAAAAAUGAAGAGGCUCUUGAAAAGAGAAAGUAUUUGGGUUUAAAGAAUGAUUCUAAAUUGAAAGAAGAUAGAAAUAAAGCUGCGCAAGAUGCAUAUGAGGUUUGGUUGCAUGAAAAGUCCAAACAGAAAAAGCAAGAAAAGGAAAUGGAAAGAAGAAAAUUUGAAGAGGAAGUGUCAACAUACGUUAUAAGAGAAAGACAGACAUGUGAGGAAGCAUUCAACAGAUGGCUAAAGAAAAAGCGAAUAGAAGAAAAGAAGAAACUUGCUGCAAAGAAACCAAGAAGGCAACGAAAGGCAAAGAAAAAGGGUUCAACUGACCCAAAACCUAUCAAUACAUCAGCAAUAAGGUUCACAGAUUACUACGGAUAUAGAAAUACCGUCGCUUUGUAAAUCAAGAAGCCUAUGGUCGUGCCCUUGCGCAAGUGCGCUGUCUUGAUCUCAUCAAAGAUAGAUUUAUGGCUUCGUGCAGAAAAGGGUCGUGAAAUCUCCAAAGAAACACUCCUGAAGUAAAAGCUUUCUAUUAAUGCUUUAUUGAUUUGCUUUUUUUGUUAUAAUUUUUUAGUCUCUAAGUAUCACAGUAUUGAUUUGCUCCUUUUCAAAAUGCUGCGUCCAUGGAAGCUUUCGGCAUCCAAUCCCGCGUAUAUGCCAGCUCCGAUUCUCCAACGAAUGAUCUAUCUGGAUUCCCAGCUAAUUCAGGUGGUUUUUGGUUGAAACGUUUAGUAGCAAACAUAGAAGAUUUUUAAUAAACAAAGUAUGAGCUCUCUGGAAUUAUCCACACUGAAAUGUUUGGGUCGGGGGAGGUUUCCCAUACCACUUUAUUGUAAUACCUGGCAAACCUAGAGUCCUUCAUCUGGAAGAUUUUUGCCUACCAUAGUUAAACAUCAAAGAAAUCUUCGGAGAUUGAUGUGAAUAUCGGUGUAAAAUAUUUGUUGGAAUUGCACACUUCUCGUAUCAAGAGCUUUUUUACUGAAGAACGAAGUUAAUAAUCAAGGUGUGAUGAGAGUAUAUAUGAUACAAAGCUAUAACCUUGAUAAUAUUGGUCUUAUAGGAGCAUCUACUUUUUGAAUUUUAUGUUUGUAAUAGAAAGCUAGCGAUCUUUCACUGGUAUAUAUUGUGAGAUUUUUGUUAAUGAGUUAAUUGUAUAUUUUUGUUAAUAAGUCUCGAGAACGUUCAUAACUUGGAAACCUGUUUUAAUUGCUUUGUCCGUUGGAAAUUCUUUUCAGCAUUUUGCAUCUUUCAGUUGAUCACUGGCCCCGUAUUGAAACAAGACUUGUUUUCUUUAUGAUACGAUUAUCAGAAUGGGAGAGAAUACAAACGAAAUCAACCAGUAUCAAAUCAUAAUUUUUUGUUCAGGCAUCUGCUGAUACACAUUUUGUAAGUACUUCUACGUUGUUUCUUACGCCGCGAGAUUGCCUAUGCUACGUCAAAAGUCAACUGCUUGAAGGAUAGAUGCAUCGUGGGACAAUUUUGUCAAGCAUUCUCAUCGAUUCUAGAAGAUUUUCUUAACAGUUUUUGCCAUAUACAUGCAAUUCAAUUGGUCCGUUCGUUUUGUUUCAGAAAUAAGAGUCUAAGGGCUGAAAAUUUGAUUAGCCAGGUUUCUUCUAUGAUUAUAUAAGAUAGGCAGGAACAAUGCGAAACGACGCGUAAAGGUUUAAUAUGAAGAAAACAAAAAAUCAGACUCUUGAAGAAAACGCAAUUUAUCCAUAUUUUUUCUUGAGGUGCCAAUAAAGCAAAAUUCUCAUACUUGAAUUUAAAAAAUCGUAUUUUCCGAAGGUCACAAAUUGACAGCCAAAUUUUCAAUCAGAGUCUUAAAUUAAAUAGAAAAAAAUUCGAAGACCAAGGUGGCAUUGUGCCGUCACAGUGAUUUGCAAAUUUGAAGAUCACUGCGUUUUUUUAACCAAGUAUCAAAUUUGCUAACAUCACCGUUAACAGCCUCAUUCAGCUGAGUCAAGUCGUUAGAGUGGUAGCACGAACAGAUACCAUUAACAUAGAUGGAUAUGCUAGAUGUGGGUCUAGACUUGUGAAAUCUCAAAUUGUUUGCUCCCUUAAUUGGAAUAUACCCUCAACUCUUGGGUGCUUUAAAGAACAACUGAAAGCAAACAUACUGGCUGACAAAAUACAUUAACGUCAAAACACGACCCCCUGGAAGAACAGCAAUAUUGAAAAUUUACUCAAAUCUUGCCUUUGAUUUUCACAUUUAUUCCUUAGAUUGUAUAUAGUUAUUAUUAAAUACUGAAGGGUUUAAUUUCGUAUAUAAAUAUUAUAUCAUAUCAUACACCCUAUUAACCCUACAGAGUUACUAUAGGCUUGUUAAAUGGGAUCUGAAAGAGAUCGUUUGCAGAGGAUAUCAUGAUAUACAAUGUCGACAGCAUUUUUAUUGUCAAUGAAGACUAGACCCAAAAGGUUGCCCAUUUUCCAGCCUAUGAUCCAUUCUCCAUUAGUUU